AUGGACUUGAUUGGCAAGGUAGCGCCCCCAGCCACGAGAGGGCAUUGCUUCAUAAUAGUAGCGACAGACUACUUUACCAAAUGGGUGGAGGCAGUUCCCAUGAAGUCAAUGUCCCAGACCAAGGUUAUCAGAUUCUUGAAGACCCAGAUAGUCCAUCGGUUUGGGCUGCCCGAGACCAUCACGUGCGAUAAUGGGUCCAUUUUCACUGGCGACCAGGUCCUUGAGUUUGUCACGGAUUAUGGGAUCACCAUAACCCAUUCUACGCCCUACUAUACCCAGGGAAAUGGUCAGGUAGAGGCAAGCAACAAGGUGUUGAAGAACUACUUGGCAAAGGUAGUGGAUGAGAACCCAAGGAGAUGGGCUGAGUUAUUGUCCAAAGUCUUAUGGGCGUUCAGGAUGUCACAACGGACCAGUACUGGGACCACGCCAUUCGCUCUUACCUAUGGGCAUGACCCAGUCCUCCCCAUGGAGAUAAGUGUCAGGUCUGCAAGGGUGGCAUACCAGCAGGGGAUGACUCCCGCUGCUUACAAGGAGGCCAUGUUAACCGAGCUGGAGGACCUGGAUGAAGAACGAUUCAUGGCCCUAGACCAGAUUCUCGCCCAAAAGGCAAGGGUGGCAGCCCUUUAUAACCAAAGGGUGGUACCCAAAAUUUUUCAAGAGGGCGAGAUGGUCCUAAAGGUCAUCCUCCCAAUAGGGACUAAGGAUCCUGUCUACGGCAAUGGUCCCCCACUUGGGAGGGCCAGUUCAUAG